AUGAUAACAAGACAGGCACUUGUGGAAGCUCUUGUGAAACUUCCAUUGCUUGAGGAACUGGAGCUUUCACAAUGCUCAUUGGCAGAAGAGUCUCUGAAAGUUGUAUGCCAAUCUUGUCCAAAUCUGAAGACUUUGAAACUAAACAAGUUUGGUCACAGGGCGGACCUUGGCAUCGUGUCUGAUGUUGUUGCUCUAGCAAUCUCUGAAACCAUGCGCGGACUUGUUCACCUCCAGCUUGUCGGGAACUAUCUAACCAACAGCGGCUUAAACGCGAUUCUUGACAAUUGUCCUAACCUGGAACACCUUGAUCUACGCCGGUGUUUCAACCUUAACCUUGUUGGUGAUUUGGAGAAGCGGUGUCUCGAGAGGAUCAAAUAUUUGAGACGACCCAAUGACUCGACUCUUGAUUAUCCGUUUCAUGCAACGAUUGUCGCUAUGGAUUCCUGA